AUGCCUUCAUCCAGCUCGGAGCAGCAUCCCUCAGCUCCCAAUGGAUCGUUGGACAAGGAUCUGUUUUCGGAACACUCCCGACAACUUGAAAUCGACAAGGAGAGUCUUUCAAGCCAACUUCCUUCAUACCGACGGAGAAAGCGGCUGGACAUUGUUAGCGACGAGGAAAAGGAGGAUGUGGGGCCUCCAGUUCACAGACACAAGCUCAGACCGACGUCAAUGGCCAAGGUUUUGGGACUCAACAUGACCGAGCUGGAACUGCUGCGGUUCUACUUCCAUGAGAGUAGCCCGAUUCUGUGCGCUGCCAGUGGAGCCAAAGACUCGAUAUGGAUGGGGAACGUGCCUGCGCUGUCCAACAGAAGCCCUGCUCUCAAACGGGCCGCCAUGACCUUUGCUACGUUGCAUCUGGGAAAGAACCGUCAGACUGCAACUUAUCUUUUGAACGACGGAAACGAGCAUCCCACAUCUAGUGGUCCUCCCGAUAUGAAACAGGUGAUCGGCUACGUGCCACUGCAAGACCGUGUCACCGAGAGACUGCUCAUUGAGUUCACAGAAACGCUGCGAGCUCAUAAGAAGGAGAUCAUGGAGACGGAAGCAGAAAACUGUGAAGCUCUACUGGUGACAUCUGUCGUCAUCUACCUGGUGGCCAUGUCUCUUGGCCCUUUAAUUCCUCUUGCCAACUUUGACGGAGGCUCAGAUCUCUUUUCAAUCGUGCGCAAUCUGCGUCUCAUCACAACCACAAUCACAGGCCAAGAACCCGUGAUCCAUCCUCCUUUCGAGGCACCUGCUGAGGGCAGCAUCCGGCUGCCCAGGGAAGAGGCUCUGUGGGAGAUUGUCGAGUUGGUGGAACUCAAUAUGGAUUACUCGCCCAUCACGAAGCGACGUAUCAAGGGCAUUCUGACCAAGGAAAUCAACUCUCUGAUCCAGCUGUUGAACAUGGACAUCCUCAACCACAGUGUCGCGCAUUUCUCGGCCUGGUGCACCUACUGGCAGCCUGAGUUUUCAGACCUCAAGAACAACGCCAACCCCUACGCUCUCAUGAUCAUCUGCUACUAUGCCGCCUACACCCACAUGUGGCAUAUUCUCUUCUGGUGGGCAGACAGAUCAUCAGAGGACGUCUACUACAUCAUGGAUCACAUUCCUAUAGAGUUCCAUGACUAUCUUCAAUGGCCUCUGGAAAUCGUGCAGACCUACGAGUACAACUAUGAAGACAUGUUGUCAGGGAAGUUACGGGAAAUGACUCUCGCAUAG